CCGGCAGCCCGGCCCGGCAGAGAACAGCACCAUGGCCACAGGGAGCGAGAAGGGUGUGCAGGCGGCCCACGGCCCCGCUGCCUGCUACCGGGAGCUGAGCCGGUUCCCCGCCGUCACCCGUGCCGCCCUGAGGGCCGCGGCCGGGGGCCAGACCUUCCUGCUCUACACCGAGUGCAGCCGCCCCGACCUGACCCGCCGGCGGCUCCUGCGCUUCGACCGCCACUACAGCCUGCGGCGCACAGCCAGCCGUGAGGGCCUCGCCGUCAGCCGGACCGCGCUCAGCGCCGAGAUCCACGACCAGCUCCUCAGCCAAGACUCGCCCACGGGGCAGCGCCGCGCCGUGCUCAAACGCUGCCCGCGGCAGGGCCACGAGCUGCUGGAGGUGUGGGACAGUGGGGGAUGCAGCCACAGCGUGGAUCUCACGGCGCUGGGGAAGCAUGGGGACGUCUACACGGAGGGGCCCUUUGCCUGCCUGGCCUGGUCACACUCGGAGACACGGCUCCUCUAUGUGGCUGAGAAGAGCCGGCCCAAACGAGAGCCCCCCUGCCCCUGGGAUGUGCCAGGAGCAGCCUGGCCUGCAGCAGAGGAUGAGGAUGAGGAGGGCAAGCAGUUUGUGUACCACGAGGACUGGGGGGAGGCCCUGAGCACACGAAGUGAGCCUGUCCUCUGUGUCCUGGACCUGGAGGGCCUCAGCCUGUCAGUGCUGGAGGGAGUCCCAGAGCACCUCUCCCCUGGUCAGGCCCUGUGGUCCCCGGAUGACCAUGGUGUGGUGUUUGUGGGCUGGUGGAACACACCCUUCCGCCUGGGUCUGAACGCCUGCUCCAACAGAAGGUCAGGGAUUUUCCACUUAGACCUGGCCAGCGGGUGCUGCGAGCUGCUGUCAGCAGAGAAUGCUUCUGUCUGCUCCCCACGGCUGAGCCCUGAUGGCCAGCGCCUGCUCUACCUGGAGGGGGUUGUGGGGGGGCCCCACCGGCAGUGUCUGCGCCUGCUCAUGCUCACCUGGCAGACAAGGCAGACGGUGACGGUGCUCGAUGUGGUGCAGGAGCCCACAGAGGGUGAGAAAGCCUUCACUGGGCUCUACGCAGAGGUGCUGCCACUGCGGUGCUGGGCAGCUGACAGCCGGCGAGCUGUGCUGGGCACCCCUCAGCGGAGCCGCACAGACCUGCUGCUCGUGGGUACAGAGGCAUCCACUGUCACCAACCUGACAGCAGGAUCACCUGAAGGGUGCUGGGAGCUGCUCACUCUCCAGUGGGACCUGCUGGUGGCUACCUGCUCAGCCCCCCACCACCCCCCCAGCCUGGUGGUGGCUGUGCUGCCUCCGGCAGGCCAGGAGUUGCCCCUCAGCUGGGUGCCAGUGGAGGACACCCCAACAGUGCCUGGUGUCACCUGGAAGACUCUGACGUUCCAUCCACCCUGCAGUGAGCAGGGCCCCACUGCACAGGACACCCAGGCUUUUGAGGCACUGCUGCUGAGCCCCUCAGAUGGCACAUCACCGCACCCCCUCAUUGUGUGCCCCCAUGGUGGCCCCCACGCUGUCUUUGAUGCCCGCUGGCGUCCGAGCAUGGCUGCGCUGUGCCAGCUGGGCUUCGCCGUGCUCCUGGCAUCAGCUCCCUGCUUUCCCGUGUGGGUGAGGAGGAUGUGGCAGACACCCAGGUGGGAGGCGCUGGGCUGGGGGUGCUUGUGGGGAUGCUGCUGGGAGGAUGCUGAUGUUUGGGUGCUAAUGGUGGGUGCCCCAUGGGUGAAGCUGGCAGUGGAGCAGGCGCUGCACAGAGAGCCCCUGGACCCACACCGCCUGGGCCUGCUGGCUGGCUCCCACGGAGCCUUCAUCGCCCUUCACCUCAUCACCCGUGAGCCCGAGCGUUACCGAGCCUGUGCCCUGCGCAGCCCCGUCUCCAACCUGCCUGCACUGCUGGGCACCUCUGACAUCCCUGACUGGCGCUACACCUCCCUGGGGCUGCCCUACUCCUUUGAGCGGGUGCCAUGUGCUGAGGAGGUGGCCACCAUGCUACUGCGCUCGCCCAUCUCCCAGGCAGCCCAGGUAAGGCAGGGUCAGGAUGGGUGUGGGGUGCCAGGUGUGGGGUGUCAGAUACCCACAGAGGGCAGUGCUGCAGGUGCAGACACCGGUGUUGCUGUGCGUGGGUGCUCGGGACCGGCGCGUCAGCCCCACACAGGCGCUGGAGCUGUACCGCGUGUUGCGGGCCAGGGGUGUCCCAGCACGGCUCCUGUGGUACCCAGAGGGUGGCCACGCACUGGCUGGUGUGGAGACGGAGGCCAGUGUCUUCAAGAACUGUGCUCACUGGCUUCUCCAGCACCUGGGGCAGCCCAGGCGGGAAGGGACAGGCUGGCAGAGCCCCUAGUGCCCACAGUGGUCCUGGGCUAUGCCAGCCCCAGGGUGACUGCCGGCCCUCGGGACCACACCAAGACCAGAGGCAGAUGGAGUGAGCGUAGUCACGGGCAGGGAUGUGGGUUGGUGUUUCGUGUUAAAUAAA